AUGUCGUCCAAACCUGCUACUAUCCCCCAAAAUGACAAUGUGGCUCAUGCCCUCGCCGGCGCCGGCGGCGGUAUCUUGUCCAUGGCCUUGACGUACCCGCUCAUCACCCUCUCCACCCGCGCUCAGGUCGAGUCCAAGCGCGCCGAGUCCAAGUUCUCCGAAGCCGUCCAGCGCAUCAUUGCCCGCGAGGGCGUGGCCGGCCUCUACGCCGGCAUGGACUCGGCCCUCUUCGGCAUCAGCGUCACCAACUUUGUCUACUACUACUGGUACGAGUGGACCCGCGCCUUCUUCGAGAACGCCGCCACCAAGGCCGGUCGCGCCACCAAGAAGCUCACCACCGUGGAGUCCAUGAUCGCGGGCGCCCUCGCCGGCUCGGCCACCGUGAUCAUCACCAACCCCAUCUGGGUCAUCAACACCCGCAUGACCACUCGCAAGAGCAAGGCCGCCGACGAGGAGUCGGGUGAGAAGGCCGUCGAGAAGCCCCGAGGCACCAUCGGUACCCUUCUCGCCCUCAUCAAGGAGGAGGGUCCCCAGGCCCUCUUCUCCGGCGUCGUGCCCGCCCUGGUGCUCGUCAUCAACCCCAUCCUCCAGUACACUCUUUUCGAGCAGGCCAAGAAUACUCUCGAGAAGAAGCGUAGGAUCACCCCUACCAUGGCCUUCUUCCUAGGCGCCCUCGGCAAGCUCUUUGCCACCUCCAUCACCUACCCUUACAUCACCGUUAAGAGCCAGAUGCAUGUCGCUGGUAACGGCAAGAAGGAGGGCGUGAUCCAGGCCAUCCGCCGUGUCAUCAAGGAGGAGGGCUAUGGCGGCCUCUACAAGGGCAUUGGCCCCAAGGUCACUCAGAGUGUCCUCACUGCCGCCUUCCUCUUCGCCUUUAAGGAUGCCCUUUACACCCAAACCGUAAGGCUCCGAUUGGCCGCCGCCAAGAAGGCCGCUUAA